UGUUUGAAGUUAAAGUUUGAGGUUAUGUUUACAGUAUAAGUAUUAGUUAGUAUUCGGUUUAUGUAAUAAAUAUUAAUGUAAACAUUAAACAUUGCUUACUGCUCUCACUUUUCACAAAUUAAGAUGUUGUUGUCGACGACAGUUAUUCUAAAACGAAUUAUAAAGUUAAGACAAAUAACAUUUAAUAACUAUUUUAUUAAAACCACCACUACCAGUUUUAGUUCAAACUCACCAAGAUCUAUUCAUGAUGUUAAUACAAACGUAGCUAAAGACGUUAUACUAUUUAAAUACGAAAAUCCAAAGUUUUUUAGGUAUAUGAAUAUAUUUGCUAUUAUUCAAUAUAUGUUUUGGACUUACUUAGGUGUAUUCGCUUUUAAGAAUUUAAGAGAUGCUCCUGUGGAGAGAGAUACUACCAAUGACGCACCGUGGUAUAGGAGAAUUAAUCUCGGUGAAAAUAAGUAUAAAAAUACACUAAGUGCCGUAGCAGUCAUCAUUGGCUGUGGUUCCCUUGCCAUGAUUUGGAUGUACACAUUGAGAUCUGUAAGAUUCCUGAUUCUAAAUAAAGGAGGAAAGCAUCUUACUUUUGUCACAUACACUCCACUUGGUGAAAAUAGAAUUAUGAAGGUACCUUUAGAGUGUGUAUGCUGUAAAGAAGACCGGAUGUUUGCUAAAGUGCAGCUUCCAUUAAAAGUGAAGAACCGAGUUAUGCAUUAUAUGUUAGACAUGAGGGGAGAAUUCAAGAAUCCUUUGUUAUUUGAUUCUACAGCAGGUCUAGCUAGAAAAUGGUAGUGGUCUAGUGAACACUAUUGACAUGACAGUGUAUGCAUUUUUUUGUACAAAUUAUUCUCACUUGUUCAUUGGCAUUAUUUUACUUAAUUUUAUUAAAUUUUUUUAUUAAUAAAAUUUCAAUAUGUAUAUAUUCAUAACACAAAUAUGGUUGGUGUCGCAUAAAUAAGAUAUUUCUAGUCAGUUUUUUUAACUCAUUUAAAAAAAUUAUCAAAAAUCAUAUUUAUGAUUAUGAGUCUUUAAGGGUGUCAUUUUCAGGGCAAGUAGCUAAGUUAACAAAUCAGCUUGUCAAUUUCAUUUGGCACACCUCGACUCUUGAAUUGCCCAUUUAAUUUUUACAAUAAAUGACCAUUGUAAUCAGUCAAAUAAUAAUAAUUAAUUAUGUGUUCUUUGGUUCACAAAAAAUACUUAUAGAAGAAAAUUACUAAUUAAAUAAGUGUUUUGUAGUUUCUUAGGUAUGUAAAUAAAGAUAUUUAAUAUUA